AUGAGAGAGCAAGGCUGCCGAGUUGGUGGGAUGUCGCGGCAGUCAAGACACUACUGUGAAAGGCUAAAUGAUAUAUGCGCUGGUACCACCACGCCAACGGAGAAGGCUUUCCAGCUGUCAUGCACCAUUGGAAACGGAAGAAAGGAAUCGACGACAGAAAGCCGCGCGACAAUUGACACAUUCUUAUUAACGGGCUACACGCAAUACCACCCUGUGUGGCCACGACUGCGCCGUCACUGCGGUCAGCAUAGGAGACUUGGACAUGACAUGGCCUCUCGUCGGCUGUCGAAGUCGACGCGUCCCGCCGGGCUUGUCGGAGCGGCGCUCACGGCAUCAGAAACUCAAAUGAGACUGCUGGCCAGGGUCAUCGAUCGUACUGAAGACGCUUGUGGUCGGUCGCCAGACGCCGAUUACCCAGUACCCGGAACCCCUACCCCUCACCCUCUAUCUUUGGCAGCGCGGCAAAGCUCGAACACAGCUCUGACCUGUGAAAUGGUUAUCUUGAUCCAGCUCCUAAAUGAACGACCGCACAUCGGGAUAAUAUUGAUGAAGUCACUGUAUAUCGUCAAAGCCUCUAUCACGCUGUGCUUGGUCUUCUACGCACGACUAGCAUGGAUGACUCCAGAAACACUGUACCAUGGCAUCCUUCAGUCGGACUUGCUAUCGACGUUCGUGCACCGUGAACGACACAGACACAGACGGCUUUCGAUCUUGCUGGUUUUUCUGUUUGACCCUGAUUCGGCCGUGAACGGACCGUGGAUAGAUCGUGGAUGGGCCGUGUAUGAGAUUAUGGACAGAAUGUGGAUGAAAUCGGGACCACUCGGACCGAAAGUGCUUGGCAUUUCGACAUCACCCUUCCAUGAAGUCGUUCCCUUCGCUAUCUACAUGAAUCUGUACAUGUAUCUUCCAUCAUCGCACGGCUUCGCAGGAGAUAAGGAAGAGCUUAGAAAGAACUUUGGAAUUCCUUCAUAUUGUCUAACAAGCUUGCGGCCGCCGACUGACCAGGACCGAAAACUGCUGCAGAAACUAAUUCGAUUCUAA